CUCGUGACGUAACCGGCUCCCUCUAUGACUCCAACAUGGCGGCGGCCAUGGAGCUGAGAUGCUGGGGAGGAGACUGGGGUCUGCCAUCUGUCCACACCGAGUCACUGAUAGUUCUGGCAUACGCCAAGUUUUCUGGGGCAAAAGUCACUGUUUCUCCUAUAGACUGGACAUGGAAAACUCUAACAGCGGCCGUCCCAGAGUUGCUUUGUGGAGAGACUGCAGUUCAAGAACCAACACAUAUUCUCAACUUCCUGAGGAAACAGAGGUUUAAUGCAGACUAUGAGCUGACAGCCAGACAAGGAGCAGACACCAUGGCCUACAUCGCUCUGCUUGAAGAGAAACUGCGACCAGCUCUGUUGCACACUUUCUGGGUGGAUGCUGAAAACUACACCAACCUGACGAGGCCUUGGUUUGCGUCACGUUCGCCAUUCCCUCUUAAUUUUCUUGUUCCUAGUCACCAUGCCAACACCGCCCUCUCCCGCAUCCUUCUAACCAAAGGAGAGGCGCCACUGCACAGAAUCUCUGAGGUGGAGGGAAAGAUCUACAGUGAUGCUAAAGAGUGCCUGAAUCUGCUUUCCUACAGACUGGGAACAGCAGACUACUUCUUUGGCAACUCGCCGACCAGCCUGGAUGCCUUUGUGUUUGGUUUUGUGGCUCCACUCCACAAAGCCCGUCUUCCCAGCGGCCCUCUGCAAAGCCACCUCAGGCUGCUAGAUAACCUUACACGCUUCUGUGACACCGUCCUUUCAGUCUACUUCAGCUCGGACCACCCCUGUCCUUCCCCACCUGUUCAGGAAACGGUGGAUGCCAAUCUGCAGAAACUAACUCAGCUUGUAAACAAAGAGUCCAACUUGAUAGAGAAGAUGGAUGAUAACCUUCGCAGCAGCCCUCAGCAUAAACCCCACAGACCAGACCCCAAACAUGGUCUGGUCAGCGAGAAGAGCUCCACUCCUGCCUAACCUUUGACCUUUCAACCCUGAUCCAGCCUUAUGACUCAAGCAGGAACAUACUGAAAAUGAAAGGUGCUGCUCCGGAUUUCACUCAGCAUCCUGAAUAAAAAAAAAAUGCUCUAAAGCUGAACCUGAAAGGAAAGUAACUUAAUAAUUAGAAGACUUAUGACUAAAAGAGGCUUUUGGACAGCAGGGCAAUGGGGAUGGGUUUCAGACAUGUUGGUCUGAAAGAGAAAGAAAAGUGCAUGUGUGGGAUUUUUCAAAUGUUUGAGUUUGUGCAUGUGGUAAAGGACAGAAUGCUGUGACGUGGUGCUGAGUGGGUAAGAAACAGAAAGUCCACAGGAAAUGAAAAGUCCAGCAGAAGAAUGUAAGUGGGGCUGUUCAGCCUCUGAGUGGGCCACUUAUCCAUUUUUAUUCAUUUUGUUUUAUUUAAUGGAUAUGUACAUUAUCUUCUGUUUGGAUUGUUCCUUACUCACAUGUCCAUAGGACAGUUGAUGCACCAUAGCGAACAUGAGGACAUUGAGAUUACUGAGUUAAAGAGAUCUUGGUCAGUGAUGUAGAACUGUAGAGGGCUAGAGCACCUUAUGGCAAAAUGUGUUUGGUUAUCUUCUCUUAUUCCAGUUUAUAAAUAUCGAGGGGCUCCGAUCCCUCAGGGCCCCUCUAAGCACACACUUAGAAUUAGUGUAAUGUACAAUAUGUAUGCAGUCAUGACUAUAGGAAUAGCCAAUUAUUUUGCUCGGCUUUUGCCUGCUUUGUAUAGCUGUAAAUAGUUUCAUGAAUACAAUCAGUGCAAUUUGCUUGUUGUUCCUGAAGCAGGGCUGAUUGGCUUCUUCGCAAUCUCUGCCAGAUACACUGAAGUAAUUGAAGGACCUUACACACUGUUUUAAUAUAUUCAUGCAAAAAGGUGUGUGUGUGAGAGAGUUUUCCCAAGGAAUAGAAUCUAGUGAGUGUUUGCAUUAUGGUUUGAUUGAUAUGUGAGACAUUCUGUGUCCACUCACUUCUGUUGUUCAAAUCAAAUCAAAUCAAAUUUUAUUUGUAAAGCGCCAAAUCACAACAAAAGUCAUCUCAGGAC